GGCGGAUCUGAGCAUAUAUCCCCCGGCGGACGAUGCCCACGGGUGCAGCAGGUGGCGUGACGAUGCUGACGAAUAUCUCUCGGUUCGUGACGUCGCUGCGGCGGCGUGGGGAUGGCGAUGGAGGUGGAGGUCGGCGCAUGAGGCGGCAGAGCGCGCGGAUGAGUCUGUCGGACCAGCUGUUUUUGAAUCCGUUUGAGAAGUGGCGGCGGCACGGCAAGUUCCCCUGGAAGUUCUUCAUCCACUGCCUGCUGGCCAUACUCACCGCACUGCAGGUAGGUAUCUUGGGGUGGGUGGGUGGGUCACUGAGGCGGGACUGAACGGACACGCAGGAGUGUGGCAUCGCGACACAAGCAUCGUCUGUGGACUGCAUGUGUGGACGGCAUGGUUGUCUGUCUGUCUGUAGGUGGUUGUGUUCAUCACUCAGGAGACGGGUCACGCCAAGAUGACCCUCCGGCAUUUUUACACCAUCUUCCUGGGAGAAGACGUCACCGGCGCUUUUGGAAGCAGAACGUAUGUAUGGUUAAUGCGACAUCACAUGUUGCAACACAGACACACACAUGCAAGCCAAGCAGACCGACAUGCACAGACAGAGGUUCCCUUCCCUUCCUGUGUCCGUCUGUCUGUUUGUGUUAACGACCAGGUUUACGAUAAGCAACGAGAAGGACUUCAAGGACACGCUGUACAGCACGAUAGAGCACUACUUCCACAUCAACAGCCAGUCCAUGUCCAUCGACAAGUACGCGUACCCCAAUGAACACCCCACCGCCAUCGUCGAGGUCACCUGGCGAGACGGCGUCACCAACGAAUUCCCACUCGACGCCAAAUUCCGAAAGGACCACAAGUAAGUAGACAGACAGACAGACGGGGGACAGAAGUGUGUGUGUGUUUAGGUACAUGGAUAUCAUCGACCGCGUGCAGGACUUGUAUGAGGUGAGGAUCCGGCUGGUGGUGCUGGAGCUGUUUAAGGGGCCGCUGUGGACCAGCUGCUUCGAGUGGCACCUCUCGCCAACAUUCAACUACCAAAUGACCGGACAAAUUGAGGUACGUACUUACGUCAGCCACCCCUCAGCUCAAUCAACAACAUAGACGCGCACACACGCAUCUCCUGUCUGUCUGUCUGUCUGUUAUCAACAAAUCGGUCUGACUGACAGGUGUUAUUGGGUUGGAACAUCUACGAGUGUUCUGCGGCCGACAUGCGUCACCCGGCACCCUACCACAAGCUCAACAUUCGGGGCAAGCUCAAGUUCCCAUACUCGUUCCUCCACGCAGUCGUCGCGGUGCUCGCCGCCCUCUCCUUCAUCCUGGCCUGGAAGGCCAUCAGGGACUCGGUGCUCGUGCUCAGGAAGAUACGGCAGUCCACAAGAUCACCCGCACCACCCAGCACUUACCAGAUCACGCCGCUGCGGUCAGCACACACACACAUACACACACGCGUCGAACCAUGGGCGCACCACUCCAUGUCUGUUGCAGUCAUGUGAGCCGGCCUGAAGAGGCCGACGACCUGGGUCCCCCAGGCCAAGAUGCAGAAGAGGCCUCGCGAGGCGGCCUCCACCACGACUCUACAGAGGACCGGCCACCACCGCCGAACCGGCUGCAGCGGACGGGGGCCAACGCCAUGAUCGGGGGAUCCUUCGCCGACGGGCGUGUGGAGGAGCUGCUCUGCCGGUCCAUGAGUGUGCGGUCGAUGGACACGGCCUACUUUCUUGACCAGCAUGACGUCAUCACGUGGGAGCAUUUGACGUGGCGCGAGAAGCUCAGUUUCUUCAAUUUGUGGUUCUGCAUCACCAUCGUCGGCAACCUCAUCCAGUUUAUAGCCACGGUCGGGUCGGACAGCAGUGCUGGGCUUGUGUGGUGGUGCAUACAUAUUGGGUGCGGUGCGGCCAUUUGUGUGUGUGUCUGUGCUGCAGAUAACGUGUUUUCUCCCUGGCGGCAGUGUGACGGGUCGUUUGGUCUGUCUGGGAGUGGCAUGCUUCUUCGGUAUGUCAACAGCAGCGCAACCAAGCGUCUUUGUCUGUUAAAGGUCCUUCCAGCCACGUGUCGCUGUAUUUGUGUGUGUGUGUGUGUGUGUGUUCAGCGUGGCUGAAUUUGCUGCGUUAUUUGGAGUACUUCUCCACAUAUUACCUCCUCAUCCGCACACUCCAAAUGGGUUAGUGAGUGGGGGACACUCCCCCCACAGAGAGGGCAGAGCAAAGGAGGCAUCCCAGCCAUUGCAUUGCACUGGUCAGGUCAUGUACCGCUGUUGUUAUACCUCUGUUUGGCAUGCAGGUGUUCCUCGUGUGGGUGAGUUUCUGGUUGGCGUCGUGCCGGUGUUCUUCGGCUUUGCCGUCAUGGGCGUCUGCCUCUUCUGGCCCACAGACAACUUCUCCACCCUCACACAAGUAAACACACACACACAUGGAAGUGAGAGGCUCCAUCUGUGUGGGGUCGGUUCCGUCCUUCCCUCCCAUCAGGCCUCAAUGUCACUGUUUGCCGUGUUGAACGGCGACAUGAUCCACGACACCUUCGCCAAUCUGGGCGACAUCUCGCCCAUCUUCUCCCAGAUCUACCUAUACUCCUUCCUCUGCCUGUUCAUCUACGUCGUACUCAACGUCUUUAUCUCCAUCAUCGAAGACUCGUUCUUCUCGGAGAAGAUCAGAGACAUGGAGCUCUCAGCCGCACCUGGCGGCACACAGCCGGGGUACGCUUCGAUUGGGUCCGUCCACCCACCUGUGAUGCUCGAGCCAAGGGGAGGAAACGGGGGGCCUAUGGGUGGGGCGCUGGUGGCUGGCGAAGACAACGUGCGCUUCAGGGAUAGGCGGCAGGAGGGACCCGACGUGACGCUCACUGCAGGGCCGCACUAUCAGCCGUCCGCUCCGCCAGGCAGCCCCUACCCCCGCGGCCCGCCAUCACACCCAUCCACCGAGACGCCCCGGGCCGAGCGCACCGACGACCGUCGGUCGGCCCCCCUGGUCUACCCGCCCGGCGGGGGCUACUCAGACUCGUCCCUGUCAGCGCCCCUGCUGCAGGAGCGGCAGCAGCAGCGGUCGGGCCGCGUGGUCAACCCGAAGAUCGAGGCCCUCAUCAAAACGGCUGAGAUGGUGCAGGAGCAGGAGGGCCGCGAUGGCUCCCCGUCUGCUCGAUCCGCUGCCGGGUCGGCGCACGGAGGGCUGGGCAGGGUCAUGCCGACCCCUCAAUCGGCGCCCCGCAGGCCCCCUCCCUCGCCCGCACAGGCGACUCGGAAAGGCGCUCCUGAAGCGCUGCUCCCCGAGGAGGAGCCCAGAGUCGGAGACGAGAGGAGGGGCAUCGCAGCCUCCAUGGAGAUCAUGGGCAGACAACAGGCACAGCAGGCGGCUGCCGCUGGCGGUGGGGCUGGGCAGGGUGAGGGCGGCAGUGGUCAGGUGAGGCGUGGGGUGCAGUACCUGCACACGUUCAGCCAGACGGCCCAGUCGAAGGGGUAUGGUCUCCGUCCCGGCGUCAAGAUGGACAUCGAGGGCUGGAGCGACGCUAUGCACGAGCUGCUGGCUGCACUGCCCAGCCUCAUCCCGCCAACCAACGCAUUCCAAUCCUACAUGGCCACCGCACUCCUCAGGUACCUGAAAAGCGAGAGGCGAGUGUAAAUGGGGCGACCAUGGAAUGGGGGGAGAGUGAGUGCUUUGUGUGUGUUGUGUGUGGUGUGUGAUUGCAGGCAGAAGGUUCGUGACGCGCGUCGAAUGUUGGAUGAGUUCCUGAAGCAGGCGCCGCUCCACUGAUGAAUAGAUCGGACCGACCGGUGGGGCAUGACAGCCGUUAGUCAUUUAAUUAAUGGUGCAUGCGGUGCAUGUCUGUCUGUGUGUCUGUAUGAGUGCAGAAAAGUCGGUUGGCAACACACACAGAGCAACAACAAACAGGGAGGGAGGGAGGGAGGGGUCAGUGAGUGCACAUCAACCACAUCAAUGAAUGCCAUGCCAUACCUCUAUAUGGUCACAUACAUUACACGCAGCACAGCACAGCACGGCACGCCACGCCCGUCGACCCGACCCGGCCUGUCCUUAUCAUUUGUUUGUCUCGCGGUCGCCUACUUAUUUGUCGUACAUACAUACAUACCAUGCACGCACGGCGUUGUGUUUAUCGACCAUCACUAUCUGUCAUCCAUCAGCCAGUCAGUCAGUCAUGCCAUGCUAUGCCAUGCUCCCUCCUCUCUAUCAAAUCUUUGAUUGAUGUGCGCGAUGGCCCAUCCCAUCCAUUAUGUCGUAGCUCUUUUUAUACACUCAGUCAGUCAUUGUCACUCCACGAAAGUCCACGAAAGUGCUGGUUCAGUCAUUCACUCGGUGCAUGGUUGCAUGUUUGUGUGUGCGUGUGUGAGUGAGUGUGCAUGUGUGGUCUCUUGUUAAAUUGCAUGGAUGCCUGUGGGGGUGGGGUGGGGUGGGUGGGUGAUUUAAGCGGCUGCUGUGCGUGAUUUAAACAGCAGGCCGUUCGGACGGGAGGAGAAUUAGGCCCUGUGCGCGGGCCGUGCCGUGCCGUGUGUACUCGCGAACGAGUCGAUGUGAGCCUUGCACCCGUACAUGUGAAACCGCCAUCCAUGUUUUGCUGAUCGACAGACAAGGAGGGAAAGGUAGUGAGUGAGUUGUGACGACGAGAGAGAGGAAUGCAGCCGAGCUGACUGGCAUAUGUAGUGACUUUGGAUGAAGGCGAUGCAUGGUGAUGUGAUGUUCUUUCUUAUAGCGCUUGUGUAGUGUACACACACAUAUACACAGACAUUCAAUACAUUGAUGCCAUGCCCAUCCCAUCAUACAGACAGACACCCUCGUU